CUUCGGUCGAAGCCAGACUGAGCCAUGAACAAAGGUGGUGCUCGCCAAGAUCGGUUGGAACUCCGGUGUGCCGUCGGCUGGCUGGCUGUCUUCGCCCACGAUGUCGAAACUCUCCUUCUCCCUUGCAAAGACAAACAAGGCUGCAGAGUCUGCUCCCUCUCUCAAGCGACCCGCUGUCUUUGCUUCUCUCGACGACGAUGAACCUGUCGAUGCGGCACCGACGUCGUCCGCAGACAAGACCACAGCUGCGAAUAAGAAACUACUGACUCAGAACAUGCUCACAUCUAAAGUGAUGAAGAGACGCAUGGAUGCAGAGAAACGGGUCGACGCUUCGGUGUACGAGUAUGAUGAAGUCUGGGAUAAAAUGCAAGAGGCGAAACAGAAGCAAAAAGAUGCCAAGGAAUUAGACUCGGCUCAGAGAAAGCCGAAAUAUAUACAUGGUCUACUGCAAUCUGCAGCUACGCGAAAACUCGACCAUCUACGCGCUGAAGAGAAAAUGAUGCAACACGAACGUGAAGCUGAAGGUGACGAAUUCAAGGACAAGGAAUCCUUCGUCACUCAGGCGUACAAGGAUCAGAUGGCAGAAGUUCGCAGGGCAGAAGAGGAGGAAAAGCGACGUGAAGAAAUGCAAAAGAAGCAAGGUGGUGCAACGACAGGCAUGGCACAUUUCUACAGGAAACUCCUUGAAGAUUCGGAGCAGAAUCAUGAAGCUACCGUGGCGGCAACGCAGAAGCCUACCAUUGGUCCACAAGGUCCCAUGCCCAACUUGACCAUCAUCAAACCUCCCGACUUUACGCCGAUGUCUGACCUGGAGUUAGCGCGAAUCGCGCGACAACAAGGCAAAGAAGUCGAAUUGAAUGACGAUAAUCAAAUCGUGGACAAACGAGAGCUGCUGGCAGCUGGGUUAAAUCUGUCCGGCCUAAACACGAGGAAACUUAGUCGAUCCACUCUGGGUAAACCUAAAGACGCCCAAACGGAAGCCGUUCAAUCACACCGUGCGGUUGGGACCGCUGCCAGUCGUAGAGAAAUAAAUGAACGAAGGGCGAGAGAAAUUCAGACUCAAAUGGAAGAGGAGAAAGCACGUCUGUCUUUUGAAAAACAGCGAGCAGAACAGGAGGCCCAUGAGCGCGUCAUUGCGCGGAGGAACAAUGAAUCGGAUGUUCAGAGCGCUCGAGAACGAUAUUUGGUCAGGAAACGGCAAAAACUGGAGCAUUCUGCAGAUAUUGAUACCGAGCCCUCGUAGACUCUAUUGAGAUAAGUUGUAUUUCUAGUUUCCUGUAAUUAUUGUCUUACUAUGUAUACUUAUUAGUGCUAUAUUUGAUAGUUUCAAUGCUGUCUACCGACGUGAACACGCCAUUACACCGAGAUAAACAUUAGUCAUGUCAUGUCAGCGGUUUUGCAGUCGAUGGUCUCCAAUCAACGGUACCAUCCUGUCAAAUGCCUUCAAGAUUGCGAGAGCG